UCUCUCUCUCUCUCAUUUCAGUGUUUCACUAAAAGCUAUGGAUUUGCUGCACAAGUUCUUGAACAUUAUACUCCUCCCCUUAACCUUCAUUUUGUUACUUCUCUUUAUGCCACCAUUUCUUCUUCUCAAGUUUCUUUUUUCCUUGAAAAGAUACAUAUUCAUGGAAAAUGUGGCCGGCAAAGUUGCACUUAUCACUGGAGCAUCUUCAGGAAUUGGCGAGCAUGUUGCUUAUGAGUACGCAAAGAGAGGUGCUCGUUUAGUCCUUGUUGCAAGAAGAGAGGACCGUCUUCGGACAGUCGCAAAUAAAGUCCGUAAGAUAGGAUCCCCGGAGGUUAUUGCUGUGGCUGCAGAUGUUUCCAAGGUUGAAGACUGUAAGCGAUUUGUUGAAGAGGCAGUGAACCACUUUGGACAAUUGGAUCAUUUGGUCAACAAUGCUGGAGUGACAAAACCACGCUCGUUUGAAAAAGUCACCCAAUUCUCUGAUUUUGCUUCACUUAUGGAUAUAAAUUUUUGGGGGUCAGUGUAUAGUACCCAUUAUGCAGUUCCACACUUGAGAAAAAACAAAGGGAAGAUUGUUGUAAUUUCUUCAACUGGAGCAUGGUUAGCUAAUCCAAGAUUGAGCUUCUACAAUGCAAGCAAGGCAGCCCUACUAUCUUUUUUUGAGACAUUGAGAAUUGAAUUUGGUCCGGAUAUUGGAGUAACAAUUGUGACUCCUGGAUUGAUUGAUUCAGAAAUGACACAAGGCAAAUUUUUACCACAGGCUGCAUGGGUUCCGGCUGAGACAGCAGAAGGGUGUGCCAAGGCGAUUCUGGACAGUACUUGCAGUGGAGACAUGUACUUGACUGAGCCAUCUUGGAUGAAGGUGUUGUAUUGGAUCAAAGUCUUGUGCCCUGAAGUAUUGGAAUGGUGUUCCCACUCAAUGUUUGCCAAUAGGCCACAAUCUACAAAGAAGAACUCCUAGCUGCUAGCAUCAACCCAAAUAAGCCUAGUACAUCAAGCUAGCAGAGUUCAUUGAGCUCAUUCAGAUUGAACAUAUUUAGUAUUUAUGUUUGAUGCAAAUAAAAACUCAAGGGACCCUUACAAAGGAAUUCGUGUGGUAUGUAUUUCGGUUGCAUUGAAUAUAUUUGGUUAAUGGAAGUCUAGGGCGGGGCUUGAGACAAAGCUCUAACUUUGGCAA